AUGCGCAUCCAGACGCCGAGCGCAGUAUCGGCCGAGAGCUGCGUGCUGCCACCCAACGAGGUCCCUGUUGAGCUGCGGCCGACCCCUGCGGAGCGCGCUCUGCCCUGGUUUCCGGGCGUGGGCCGCCUCCGGCGGCAAAGGCGGCAGCUGCGCCGACAGAUGGCGGAGGCCGCAGCACUGGAGCCGACAGCUGUGCUGCCGAGCCCGUCGCCUUCGACGGCCCCAUCGACGGCCAGCUCGGCGCAUCCGGGUCCAUCGGCCGGCUUGCGGAAGUUCCCGCGAAAGGCGGUCCAGGACGCCUGGCCAGGCCCCCCGCUCGAGCCGCCCAAGCCCAGUGUGGCCGCCCACCAGGCCAUCGAGAGCAAGGCCCUGUCGGCGCGGGAGUUCCUGCGAUACGGGAAGCGAAGUCGCUGGGAGAGGACCAAAGACGUCUCGAACAUGUCGAAGUUCGCUCACGGCUACACCAUGCUCUGGCGCGUCAACUUCUUCGCCAAGCGCGGGAGCAAAAGGAGCAUGGAGGGGGCGGCCGGAUGA